GACGCGACUCUUCUUCUUACCACCACUUUCGUGUUUAUCAGCCACUUUCGCGUUUGACCCUAAUUUUUGGUCGCAUUUUGGAAUAAUUACAUUAUUGCUUACAGUACUAUCUAUUACCACUUACCCGGAAACACCUUUCGCCACUAGCACUCAAGCUAAUCAUCAUUAAUCUAUGUCCCAACAAAAAGCAAGCGGUGGUAAAUCGAAAGCUGGUGCACAAGGGAAUUCGGGAAAUGGUGUUGCGGGGUCUGGCGUAGGUGCAGCUCCUCGCACGAUCCAAACGCGGAGUCAGAGGGCCGGAUUGCAAUUUCCUGUGGGCCGUAUUCACCGUUAUCUGAAACAACGAACGCAACAUAAUGUACGCAUUGGUGCUAAAGCUGCAGUUUACACGAGUGCAAUCUUAGAGUAUUUGACUGCGGAAGUGCUCGAGCUAGCUGGUAAUGCCUCGAAAGAUCUGCGCGUAAAGCGUAUCACGCCACGCCAUCUACAGCUUGCGAUCCGUGGGGACGAAGAGCUUGACAUUCUCGUACGCGCGACGAUCGCCGGAGGUGGAGUACUCCCAUUCAUACACAAGAGCUUAACUGCGGGAGUUGGGGGAACCAAGAAGAAGUUGGGGGAUGCAGUACCCGCAUGAAAGUGAUAUUGCAUGUAGGACAGCUACUGGGCGUAUUUAUCGAUUUUCUAAUGGUGUACUGCUGAUAUGGUGCUUUGUGCACAUGUACAUCGUUUGUACUUGUAGCGGGACAUCGUAGCUGACGUAUACAAUCGGCUUUUCAAACGAACUUCUCCCUUAGAAAUCUCGGUGGUACACAAGAUAGAAAUGGAAACAGGAAUCAAAUACGAACAGCUUGGAGUUGAAGGAAGUACGAUGUAUCCAUGCUAUGUGAUGAUAGUGCGUCCUUUGGUGUCAAUGCACCCGAAGCCUUGUGAUCCCCUCAAAGCACCCACUGACAAGCCCUACACAUGCCCUUUGUUUUUCAUGAUUAUACUCCCUGGAAAAUAAGGAGAUUAGGACGUGUUGCCCCUGAUGCAAUAUUUCUGCCGGUCUUCUCAGCUAUGCUGACUAA